AUGGCCGCUCUAUCAUGCACCACCCCCAUUCCCUUCUUCAUACUCAUACUACUACUCUCCUUCGUCUCAUCAUCAUCUUCUUCUUCUUCUUCUAGCCCGACCAACAGUAAUGGCAGCGACACCGACCUCGCUGCGCUGCUAGCUUUCAAAGCCCAGCUUGCCGACCCUCUCCGUGUCCUUGCCAGCAACUGGAGCACUGACACGUCCUUCUGCAAUUGGUUCGGUGUCUCAUGUAGCCGAAGCAGGCAACGAGUCACCGCUCUGUCGUUGCCAGAGACGCCUCUCGUUGGAUCCGUGUCACCUCGUAUUGGUAAUCUUUCUUUUCUCUCCUACCUCGAUCUGACCAACACCAAUCUCACGGGUUCCAUUCCAACCGAACUUGGUAGGCUACAUCGUCUUAGGUAUCUAAGUUUUUAUGAAAAUAGUUUGUCAGACACCAUACCUAGUACCCUGGGGAACCUCACGAGGCUCAUGUUUCUUCAUCUAGCUUAUAACCAACUCUCAGGCCAUAUCCCUUUUGAGAUGCUACUGCAUAUGUCCAACCUUAGGAAAAUUAAUAUGUAUGCAAAUGACUUGAGUGGCCAAAUACCAUCAUAUUUUUUCAACAACACGCCUUCCUUGACAUACAUCAAUUUUGGAAAUAAUAGCUUGUCAGGUCCUAUUCCACACGCCGUUGCACACCUAUCCAUGCUUGAGAAAUUCAUCCUCGAGGUUAAUCAACUCUCUGGUCCAGUACCACAAGCCAUGUAUAACAUGUCCAGGUUGCACACUAUGGCACUUGCAAGUAAUGGUAACCUAACCGGGACGUUUCUGACCAAUCAAAGUUUCAACCUCCCAAUGUUGCGAUUUAUAUCAUUAUCUAGUAACAAGUUUUUCGGCCAGUUUCCAGCAGAGCUUGCAUCAUGCCAGUACCUGGAGAUAAUUGAUUUGGGUGAAAAUUCUUUUGAGGGCACUGUGCCAACAGGGUUGUCCAAAUUAUCACACCUCCAGGUUCUUCACUUAGGUUAUAAUAACAUUAUUGGUCCUAUCCCAACCGCUCUUAGCAAUCUUACCAAUCUUACAUAUCUAGAUCUCAGCGGCGGAAAUUUGGAAGGGGAGAUUCCACAAGAAUUAGGUCUCAUGCAGGAACUCUCAUUUCUGUCUCUUGGAUCCAAUCAGUUGAUAGGAGAAAUUCCAGCUUCCCUUGGCAACUUAUCAAAAUUGUCUGUUCUAAUUUUGGCAAAUAGUAAACUUUCUGGUCAAGUACCAAUAACACUUGGGGAAAAUGCAGCUUUGAACAAGCUUCUUUUGUCAAGUAACAAUUUGGAGGGGAAUCUAGACUUCUUGUCAGCUCUUUCCCAGUGCAGACAACUCCAAGUCCUUACAAUCGAAGAUAAUUCUUUCACUGGCGUCCUCCCAAGUCUUGUGGGAAACCUUAGUUCAAAGCUAGUCACUUUCAUUGCAAGCAAAAACCAGUUAAUAGGUGGACUUCCAGUUGCAAUUGCAAACAUAAGCAGCCUUGUACGGAUAGAUCUUAGUGACAACCUACUCACCGAGCCAGUCCCGGGGUCCAUCACUAUGUUAGAAAAUCUGGUGUGGCUCGAUCUCUCCAACAAUGACAUGUCAGGUCCUAUCCCGAUACAAAUUGGUAUGCUCGGGCGUCUAGAACAAUUGUUUCUCCAAGCAAACAAAUUCUCAGGCUCUAUACCAAGAAGCUUUGGGAAUAUUAGUUCUUUAGAAUACAUUGACCUAUCCAAUAACCAAUUAAGUUCAAUGAUACAUUCGAGCAUUUUCCACCUAGAUAAACUUCUGACACUAGAUCUUUCAAAUAAUUCCUUUACUGGUGCGCUACCAUCUGAUGUUUCCAGUCUAAGUCAAAUAUAUCAAAUGGACCUCUCUUUCAACUUCUUGGUCGGAAGCAUCCCAGAAUCCUUUGGACAACUUAAUAUGUUAACUUUCAUAAAUCUAUCGCACAACUCCUUCAAAGGUUUUAUUCCGGGCACACUCGAAAAGCUAAAAGGCUUGGCAUCAUUAGACCUCUCAUCUAACGACCUCUCUGGUAGCAUUCCCAUGUUCUUUGCCAACUUUUCCUACUUGACUAUCUUGAACCUCUCAUUCAAUAAUCUGGAAGGCCAGAUACCCGAGGGGGGUGUUUUCUCAAACCUCACCUUUCAGUCUUUGAUUGGGAAUGAUGGUCUAUGUGGUGCUCCGCGUCUUGGAUUUUUGACAUGCCUUGACAUGCCUCGCUCAAGUAAUAGAAAAUUGCUACAAAUUCUAAUCCCAACACUCACACUAGUUGUUGGUGCGAUUGCCAUUUGCAUAUACCUAUGGUCUAGAAAGAAACUUAACAUGGGAAAUGAGAUAACGGUUGAUGAUCUAACAAAUGUGGCUGGUUACCAGAUAGUCUCCUAUCAUGAGCUCAUUCGUGCCACCAAUAGUUUCAAUGAAGAAAACAUCUUAGGCUCAGGAAGCUUUGGAAAAGUCUUCAAGGGCCAAUUGAGCACUGGUUUGGUGGUGGCGAUAAAAGUUCCUGACAUGCAGCUAGAGCAGGCCAUCCGAAGUUUUGACGUCGAGUGUCAAGUGCUUCGCAUGGCACGACAUCGCAACCUAAUCAAGAUACUCAACACAUGUUCCAACCUUGACUUCAGAGCACUAGUGCUUCAGUACAUGCCAAAUGGCAGCUUAGAGACGCUCCUACACCAGUCUGACAGUUCAUGGCACCUUGGGUUCCUUGAGAGACUAGGUAUCAUGCUCGACGUGUCGAUGGCAAUGGAGUAUUUGCACCAUGAGCACUAUGAACUGAUCUUGCACUGUGACUUGAAACCUAGCAACGUGUUGUUUGAUGAGGAGAUGACGGCACAUGUGGCAGACUUUGGCAUUGCAAGGUUGAUUCUAGACGACAACUCCAUGAUAUCUGCGAGCAUGCCUGGAACAGUUGGAUAUAUGGCACCAGAAUAUGGGUCUCUUGGGAAAGCAUCACGGAAGAGUGACGUGUUCAGUUACGGACUCAUGCUCCUUGAAGUCUUCACUGGAAGGAGACCCACCGAUGCAAUGUUUGGCGCACAACUAACCCUCAGGCAGUGGGUUCAUCAGGCAUUUCCUGCAGAGCUUGUCCGAGUCAUUGAUGGACAGCUACUGCAAGACUCCUCUGCUACUUGCUGCAGCUUGGAAGAUGACUUUCUUGCAUCGGUGUUCGAGCUGGGUUUGCUCUGCUCUGGCAACUCGCCUGGCCAGAGGAUGACGAUGCAUGAUGUGGUUGUGACACUUAAGAAGAUCAAAGGCGAGUACACAACAAAACACACAGCGACAAUGUCACGUAAUGCUGCAUAGUGAGUUAUCUCCAUUGCACUUGGAACACCCAUAAGCGUCACGGAUGGGAAGGGAUAAAUCAGCAGUGACACAUAUUAUGCACUUGGGAUAUACAACUAUUUGAUCAUGCUUUUCUUCUCUCAGACUAUGAGAGGGAUGAUGUUGGAUGCGCUUCAUGGCACGGCUCGUCGCCUCACUUCACCGCCGGCCCCAUGAUGGGGUGGCCACUUGGUGGUCUUUUUUCUUGCUUUCUUUGGGCGUGUUUGUGCUGAGGCCCCAGCAGAGGUUUUAUUUCGCUUGUGUGCUACUUGAUGUUUGGACUGGUUCGC